AUUUAUUUUGGAAUGUGGUAUAAAAAUUUUUCAAAACAAAGUUGGAAUCUUCGAGUUUGGAGGUACAUUUAAGGUUAUAUAAUUAUUAGAAAGGCUAACAUAUUAUUCAAUUAAGAUGAUAUUGGUAUGUUCAAAACAAAAGGAGUUUUGAGAUGGAAGGAUACCGUAUUUAGAAUGGCAAGAAGUGAAGCUUGUGUAAUUAAACAUAUUUAUAUGAAAUUUAGUUAAGAGGAUUCAACUUUUUUUUCUUUGCAGGUAUGAUUGGAUCAUUUAUUUGGGUUAAAUCAAAUUACUAUGAUCCAAAAUAUGUUGCACCAAAAAAAGUAGAAAGUGAAAAAGAAUUGGAAAGAUUAGAUGCUGAAGCUGAUAAAAUAUUAUUCAAAAAUAGAUUAGAAGCUUAUUCAAGACCACAUAGAAGUUUAGAAGAUUUGAUUGCAUUCUUAUCUGGGUAUUAUGGAUUAAUUAAACUUAUAGUUCAAAGACAUUUGAUUAAUUUGCUGAUUUUAUCAGUUAUGAAGAAGCAAUGAAUAAUAGUAUGGAUUAAUAAAAUGGUUUGGAUUCAUGGAUGGAUGAUUAAGAUUAAAGAAUGCUUAAAUAUUACCAAAGAAGUAUUGGACGUACACCAAAAUUUGAUUGAUUUUGCAAAACAAUCACAUAAGCAUAUAUAAAAAUAUCUAUAGAUA